UCUCUCCACUCCUUGGCGUCCACAUGGUCACUGCCCAGUAUGGAGAAGGAAGGACCCCUGGCCCCGGGGCCCUGGCAGCCCCCGUCUGUCUGCCCCCACCCACCCUCGCUGCCCUGUGGGCCCACGUGUCCAUGUCAGAGAUGGAGGGCGGUGGCCCCUCGAGUGCGGGAGGCAGCCAGGAGCUGGGCCGGCUGCGGGUGUCUGUCCUGGGUCCAAUAGCCCGCCACGUCCCCAGGGUCCUGGGCGCCGGCUCCACACUCCCACGUCCCCCUCCUGCCCACGCAGCCCCCAAGACAGCUCCUUGUCCCCCACGUGCACAGCUGCCUCAGCCCGAAGCAGCGUCCAGGGGCCAAGGUGGCAGGUGCCGGGGCCCACGUGGGGCCCCCACGGGCCUCGCCCUCCCUCGCUGGCUCCCCUCCCCGCCUGCGGCUCUCCCAGACGGGCCCGGCUGCCCCCAGGGAGGAGUGUCGGACCCCAGAGGCAUCUCUGUCCCUCGUGAGCCCAGAGGGGCUGCAGCCUGUCGGGCGGGGCCUUGACGGGCUCCUGGCAGUGGAGUCGGAGGAGCCGUAACCGGAUCCGCUUGGAGGGCGGCGAUCCGGGCAGCCGCCGCGGUGGAGGGCCGCGAUCGAGUUGCGGCUGCACGGUGAGUUUUCCACUCGGCAGCGUUUCCUCCGCUGGAAGGAGCUGGGCUGGGCCGUCCAGUCCUUGGAGUGGGGUCCGGGGGUCCCGAGGUGAGAGGUGGGCUCUAGAAGGCAGGUCCAGGACCCAAGCAGGGGGCCCGGGCGGCCACUGGCCGGGGGCAAGGUGGCGGUCAGUGCUGUGGCCCCAGGGCUCCGGCCUCGGUGCAGCCCUGGACAGGCUGAAACCCAGCCUGGGGGUGAUUAAAGGCGGCCGCUGUCCCUGAGCCGGCACAUCUCGGGUCCCCUCACCUGCCCACGGCCACCUGCCGGCCACCUAGGAGCUGCCCGGCGGCCACGGCUGCUGGCAAGAGGCGGCGAGGGGGCAGGUGGGGGGCCCCAUGACGCUGGCCAGGCCGAGCCGGGCCUCUGGGGGCCCCCGGGGGCCGUAAGGGGCAGCAGCGACCCAGCAAUGCUGACCAACGGCCUCCACCGCGGGCUGAGGAUCCAGUUCGGCCUCCUCAAUGAUGCCGACCGCUACCUGACGGCCGAGAGCUUCGGCUUCAAGGUCAACGCCUCGGCGGCCAGCCUCAAGCGGAAGCAGAUCUGGGUGCUGGAGCCCGAGCCCGGGCCCGGCCCGGCGGUGCUGCUCCGCAGCAGCCACCUUGGCCGCUACCUGGCUGCCCAGGAGGACGGCUGCGUGUGCUGCGAGGCGGAGCGGCCCAGCCGCGACUGCCGCUUCCUGGUGCUGCCGCAGCCCGACGGGCGCUGGGCGCUGCAGUCUGAGCCGCACGGCCGCUUCUUCGGCGGCACCGAGGACCGCCUGUCCUGCUUCGCCACGGCCGUCUCCCCGGCCGAGCUGUGGACGGUGCACCUGGCCAUCCACCCGCAGGCCCACCUGCUGAGCGUGAGCCGGCGGCGCUACGCACACCUGUGCCCGCAGGAGGGUGAGCUCGCGGCGGACAGCGACACCCCGUGGGGCGUGGACGCCCUGGUCACCCUCGUCUUCCAGAACCGGCAGUACUGCCUCAAGUCCCGCGACAGCCGCUACCUGCGCAGCGACGGCCGCCUGGUCUGGGAGCCUGAGGCCCGUGCCCGCUACACGCUGGAGCUCAAGGCGGGCAGGCUGGCCUUCAAGGACUGCGACGGCCGCUACCUGGCGCCCGUGGGGCCCACCGGCACCCUCAGGGCCGGCCGCAGCCUGCGGCCUGGCAAGGACGAGCUGUUCGACCUGGAAGAGAGCCACCCCCAGGUGGUGCUGCUGGCCGCCAACCGCCGCUACGUCUCCGUGCGCCAAGGGGUCAACAUCUCAGCCAAUCAGGAUGAAGAACUGGACCAUGAGACCUUCCUGAUGCAAAUUGACCAGGAAACCAAGAAGUGCACCUUCUAUUCUAGCACUGGGGGCUUCUGGACCCUGGUCACUCACGGGGGCAUCCAGGCCACGGCCACACAAGUUUCCGCCAACACCAUGUUUGAGAUGGAGUGGCGCGGCCGGCGGGUGGCACUCAAGGCCAGCAACGGGCGCUACGUGUGCAUGAAGAAGAACGGGCAGCUGGCAGCCAUCAGCGACUUCGUGGGCGGGGACGAGGAGUUCGUCCUGAAGCUCAUCAACCGGCCCAUCCUGGUGCUGCGCGGCCUGGACGGCUUCGUCUGCCGGCGCCGCGGCUCCAACCAGCUGGACACCAACCGCUCGGUCUACGACGUCUUCCACCUCAGCUUCAGCGACGGCGCCUACCAGAUCCGAGGCCGCGGCGGCGGGUUCUGGUACACGGGCCCCCACGGCAGCGUGUGCAGCGACGGCGAGCGCGCCGAGGACUUCCUCUUCGAGUUCCGCGAGCGCGGCCGUGUGGCCAUCCGGGCGCGGAGCGGCAAGUACCUGCGCGGCGGCGCCUCGGGGCUGCUGCGCGCCGACGCCGACGUGCCGGCCGGGCUGGCGCUCUGGGAGUACUGAGGGCGCGGGGCCGCG